UUGCUGCGAGCAGAGCCCUGCCGCCCCCACCGCGCCCGAAAGCCACCGGAGGCCACAACCCUCCCGCAGGAACCCCCGCGCGGCUGUGACCCGUCCCUCCGAAGUGCAGCCAGAGCUCUAUUUGCCCGGCUUUAGAGGCAGACACUGGACUGGCUGAGCCAAGCUGACAAACUUCAUUACCAAUAGCUGAAAAAAAUCAAACUAAAGAUGCACAGGAAGUGAGUAUGGCACCAUCUGCAUCGGUUCUCUUGUCCAAGUGGAAGCUACCCUCUGCCUAAGAAUUAUGUGGAUACAACUGAGGAGAAUGUUACCUGUGAAAGGAGUUAUUUGGGCAACCUCUUCAUGACGUAUUCAUACAGCUGCAGUUUGUUUCUUAAUUUUAAAAGUGCAGGAGAGGCUGAACCAGCAUCCUUCCCCAGACAAAAGCAUGAUCUGCAUGCCUGGAAGAUGAAAACCAUAUGUGGAUUAUACGGUACAAAAAAUAAAAGACCCUCUGAAGCUGACAAUCCACAAAAUGUCUCAGGAGACGUUAUGAGGAGUAAAAGAAAUAAAAUGAAUGUAAUAGGAAAAUUCAUCCUGGAAAGACUGAUGAAAUGCACUUUUUCAAGUCUGAGUGGACGGAAGAAAGGCAGGGAGGAAAGGUGCGUACACACAGCAGAGAAACCAGAACGCCUCCUUUGCUCUCCUUUCUUCCCCUUUCAGACCUCUUUUUGGAGGAGAAAGGGGAAGAAAUCCUGUUGCUCAAUUCAGAUCUGUGGAAUGUGCACAUUUCCAGCAGGGGUUCUGAAGAGUGUGGCGGUGUGGCUUUUUUGUCUACCGGUUUGUUUCCAUCUCUCUUUUCCUGCCUGCUGUAUUGUUCCAGGGUGUUUUUUUUCAUUUGUCUGGUUUAAUUCCCGCUGCCUCCAGCAGAAAGUAAUCUGCAGUGUGAGUUGUCUGCUUAAAUUGCCGACCUGAUGUAAAACCUCAGGAUCUUCUUGGAAAGGGCUCUGUUCAGGGGGCAAAUCUGGCCACUGCAGAGCAGGUAGGAGGCAAUGGGAGAAGUGAGUGGUCGGGUGGUAGGGACAAAAUGAGGUGGCCCUGUGUUAAAGGACAGGGAUGUGUGUCUGUGGUGGGGAGUGAGACAUGAGUUGCAGAGGAAGCAAUUUGUCCAGAGUUGCACAGGAAGUCUGUGGUAAAAGAGGGCUCAAGUCCAAGAUAGGUAUCUGCUCUAGUGAACUAACUUAUCUCCUGUUUCUCUCUGCUCUGUAGGAAGGUUGUUUUUAGCUCUAGCAACUCACUGAGACCUCGGCAAAGAUUGUUAAUAACUUUUUUUGCUAUUCAAUAUCUCUGAGAUCAUUACAAACUCGUGCGCUUUUAUUUCUUGGAUGCACAGUGGAUUAUUUUGCUUUUGGCUGAAUUGGCUCUUCAGUGUCUCCAAGGUAAAGCACUACAGUACUUUUGCUCAGCAAAAGCACAGGACUAAAACUUUUUUUUCUUUUUAAGUUCUCCCUGCUGCAAGGAACAUUUCGCUUCAAUUCUUAGUGGCUGGGCUUUGUCGCCGGAAAUGACUGUAGUGGCUGAAGUUCCUCAUAGCCUGAACACAGAACUGCCUUGUAGCUUCUUGCACUGAGGAAACACUUCACAGCAUACGGUGACUUUUUGCACUGGGAAGUAUGCAGAACCCAAGUGCAGAUGAAAACACAGAUUUGCAGCCCAGGGUGCCUUCUGAGGAGCAGAAUUAUGGAGCUACUGCAGCACGUGUGAGACGAGGUCCACAUGUGCGAGUGUCAAGGAACAGCCCAGCAAAGAGAGAUUACCUGAUAGUUGGUGUGCUGUGCUAUGCAAACCUAAUAAAUUUCAUGGAUUGGUUUAUUGUACCAGGGAUCCUGUUAGAUAUACAGAAAUACUUUGAUCUUAGUGACGGGGCUGCAGGCCUACUGCAAACAGUUUUCAUCUUGUGUUACAUGCUGGCUGCUCCCUUCUUUGGAUACCUCGGUGACCGAUACAACAGGAAAGCCAUCAUCGGAGCUGGUAUUUUCUUCUGGUCUGCUGUAACAUUAGGAACUUCAUUCAUCAGUGAAUCAUAUUACUGGAUAUUCUUUCUUUCACGAGGACUGGUUGGCAUUGGCACAGCCAGUUAUUCCACAGUAGCGCCUACCAUCAUUGCAGAUCGCUUUGAUGAGGGAAAAAGGACCACAAUGUUGUCUGUCUUCUAUAUCUGCAUUCCAAUGGGAAGUGGCCUUGGUUACGUCCUGGCAUCCAGCAUGACACAUGUCACAGGUGACUGGCACUGGGCCUUCCGGGUUACUCCUUGCAUGGGAGGUUUAGCACUGGUUCUUCUGAUUCUGCUGGUCCCUCACAGGAUCCAGAGAAGGACAGAGGCACACAGAGCACUGAGCAUCCAUGGCUCUAUACGAGUAGCAGCUGAGAAGCCUGGUGCACAGGGAGCUGCCAAGACUUCUUGGUGUCAAGAUGUCAUAUCGCUUGGCAAGAAUUGGAGCUUUGUCUGGUCCUCGCUGGGUCUGACUGCCAUGGCCUUCGUCACUGGAGCGCUGGGUCUGUGGGUACCGAUGUUCCUUUACAGGGCUCAGGUUGCCCUGGGCACUGUGCAGCAGUGCCUGGAAAAAUCAUGCAAUUCAUCUAACAGCCUAAUAUUUGGAGGCAUCACCAUUGGGACGGGAAUCCUGGGUGUCAUUGCUGGGGCAGAAGCUGCAAGAAGACUAAGGAAAACGAACAACAGAGCUGAUCCUCUGAUCUGUGCCACAAGCAUGUUUGCUUCUUCUCUGUGCCUCUACAUAGCAAUCAUGGUGGCCCAGAAGAACAUCCUUUCCACUUUUAUUUUUAUUGCGUUUGGAGAACUAUUUUUAUCUGUCAACUGGGCUGUUGUGACAGACAUACUGUUGUAUGUUGUCACACCAAGACGGCAGUCUACAGCUAUUGCCCUGCAGAUCUUGGUGAGCCACUUGCUGGGAGAUGCAGGCAGCCCAUACCUUGUUGGGAUGAUCUCCAAUGCUAUUCAAGCCAAGAAAGAUCAGUCAUUCCACUGGAGUUUCUGCAGCCUGCAGUACAGCUUCAUCAUCUGUGUUUUUGUUGGUGUCUUUGGAGGAGUUUUUUUCCUCCUGACAUCUUUUUACAUUGAGGAAGAUCGUAAGGAAGCAGAGCAGUUUUGAUGUUCCUUUGUAUCCUUUAAACCUGUAUCUGAUUUCUUUUCUAAUGUAUGCAAGCCAUGAUACUGACUCUGUAAAGUUAAAACACAAAUUUAUGUACUGUGGUAAUGCUACAAUAGUUUCUAUAAUUAAAAAAAGUAAAAUCCCA